AUGUUACACUGCAACUUGGGAGGCUCCAUCGCAGCCUCUGCGACCCCAUCGUCUAGUGUUUCAUUGCAGCAGAUCAUCGGGUAUCUUGAGGCUCGGCUCCUGGUCCUGCUUCGCCUGACUCGCCGGCAAAAGACAAACAAGCGCAAAACCGACGAGUGCCCUCUCAGCAUAACAGAGCCCUACCUGAGACUGGCAAGGGUCGCAAGCCAAGGGCAACCUGGCUGGGCGUGCCGGUGCAUUGCAAUCCAUAUGGGCAAGCUUAUCAUAGCCACUAGAGCCCAAGGACCCAUCUUCCCCGAGGCAAAAAUGCGUUAUGGCGCGCGCUAG